GCGGAUGGAAUAUUUUAUACAAUCUAUUGAUUUUGAUAUAUGGAUAAAUGUACUUCAUGGGCCAUUUGUGCCGAGUAGUGGUAACCUUGCAGAUUUAUCUUCGGAGGAUAAGAGAAAAUUAUCCAUGAAUGCAAAGGCAAUCAACAUCCUUCAUUGUUCUCUUGGCCCUGACGAAUUUGCAAGAGUGAGUACAUGCAAAACGGCCAAGGAAGUAUAAGAUCUACUAGAAGCCACACACGAAGGGGACAUCUCAACAAAGCAAACAAUGAUUGCCCUAGGAAACUCGGAGUACGAAUCCUUAAAGAAAGGGUCAAGUGAGACAAUCCAAGACAUGAACAAGAGGUUCAACGAGAUUGUCAACAAAUUGAGUAAGUUGGGUAAGACGUAUACUACUUCCGAGUUUAAUACGAAAAUUCUAUUUUCUUUACCUAAAGAAUGGCAUAGUAGUAUUGUAGAUUUAUUACCCAAAUGUGAUAAGGCCGAAACCGCCCACAUUUGGUCUUCCUUGUAUUCUCACGAACUUUUGUUGAGAAAGAUUAAAGAGGAAGAAAUGAGAGAAAAUCCCAAACUUACCAACGCCUUCAAAGCUUCAAAAGACUCAUCAAGUGAAGAGUCAAGUGAGUCAAGUGAUGAUUCAAGUGACUCAAGUUCUUUGGAAGAGUCAAAUGAUGAAGAAGAUGAAGAGAAGGCAAUAAGAAUGAAAUAUACGGAUUUCCUCAAAUGGAAGAAGUACGUGAAGAGGAAAGAAGUAUUUUCAAAGCCGAAAAAAGAGCGGGAUAAGCCAAGGUAAGUUUCUCUUGCUCAUUGGGAUAAGAUAUUUUGUUUGGUUUUAAUUCUUUUCAAAAAAUAAAACCUUAUCUCAUACGUAUUUUUAUUUGUUUUAGCCUUGAUUUGCAUGAUUAAAUAAUAUUUUCAAAAUCCAUUUUAAAUCAUGCCUUUUAUAAAAUAAUCCUUAAAAAUCACUGAAAAAUAAAGUUUUUUUUAAAAAAAACUUACAUAAUUU